AGAUUACGCUCACCUCUACUCUCUCAUCUUAGAUCACGCUCACGCAUGCUCAGCAGUCUCUUAUCCAUGCUCACCUCUACUCAGCAGUCUUUGAUCCUAUCCUAGAUCUCUGUCAUACCUCUCACCUCUUAACGCUCUGUGAUCGACGACGAAAGAAGACGAAUGAUGACGAACGAGGAUGAACGACGGCGAACGGGACCGAACGACGGUGAACGACACGAAAUUUGAGGUAAACCUACAAGAAAAUCAAAAUUUCUGAGAGGAUGCAAACACAGGUGAUCAUGGCAGUUUUCAGGAAGCUUUCUUGAUGCAAUUUCAAAAUCUUAUCACCCCUAUAUUAGUGAUUGGCCUGUUUCUUUCAUCAUUUUCAUUUGGUCCUCGUAAGCAACAACAGAUUAGUUUCCAAGAGUUCAAAAACAAGCUCCUGGAACCGGGUUUAGUAGACCAUGUAGUUGUUUCGAAUAAAUCAGUUGCAAAAGUGUAUGUAAGGAGCUCACCACACAAUCAAACAAGCAAUGAUGUCGUUGAGGGACCAGUUGUCCAAGGACCUGCUGAUCCAAGCAAGAGCCAAUAUAAAUAUUAUUUCAAUAUUGGAAGUGUUGAAUCAUUUGAGGAGAAGUUGGAGGAAGCCCAGGAAGCAUUGGGGAUAGAUUCUCAUGAUUAUGUUCCUGCUACAUAUACUUCUGAAAUGGUUUGGUACCAAGAGUUGGUUUGGUACCAAGAAUAUAUGUUACCUCUUCAAUUUUGUUAUGAAUUGAAUGUCGUGUUGUGAUGGAUUGUUAUUGAUUGUGAUAGACUAAUAGUAGUAGAUAGUUAUUGAUGAUGGAUUGUGCUGGAUUGUGUUGUGACUAUUAGAAAGCACAAACAGCAGGUGCUGGACUAAUGGAUUUUUGGUAUAUCAUGAUUGUUUCAAUAUGUCAGCACCUA